UUUUACAGUAAAAUAUCCAUGGCCUCAAUCAGCCCAGCAGUGGUACUAGAGCUUGAGAAGAAUAGUCAGGCCAGUACUACAACUAGCAAGUUUGUGUUGCAUGAUGUGAUAUUGAGGGUCUUCUUGUUUGCAACAUCCCUAACAUCACUUGUAGCUCUAGUGACCAGUAAGCAAACCGAAACGAUUCCGGUGCCUUUCCCACCUUACGGAGCAUCUGUUGCAGCUGAAUUCACUGAUAUACCAGCCUUCAUAUAUUCGUCAGCUCUACUCUUAGGUAUUUUAGCUUCAGCAACUGGAGCAGCAGGUGAAGUAGCCUACUUAGGACUCAAAGGAAACUCAAAUGUAGGAUUGCACAAGAUCUGCAAUGUCUAUGAUUCCUACUGUCGACACAUUGGAUCAUCCUCUACAUCAUUACUGUCUCACGAAGAUAAACAAAUCACUACGCCAUUGAUUCAUCAAAAUAUUAAGAUUGGUUUUUAG